AUGAAAAGUCGGAGGUUUUUUAGUAAAGGUGUAAGCUGUGGGCAAAAGGAAGUGAUGAUAUCUACUCUUCUGAUGAGGCAAGUUGAUAAGCACCAAAAAUAUCUUGGCAUUCCCACCAUUACUGGGAGGUCGAAGAAAAUGGUGUUUCGGGAACUCUUAGAUAGAAUGUGGAAGAAAUUGCGAGGUUGGAAGGAAAAAUUGUUGUCAAGAGCUGGAAAGGAAGUUUUGAUCAAGGCUGUGAUUCAAGCCCUCCCCACUUAUCUGAUGGGGGUCUAUAAGAUCCCAAUGGCAGUUAUAAAAGAGAUUCAUUCAGCUAUGGCGCGGUUUUGGUGGGGUGGCAAAGGUGCAGAAAGGAAAAUGCAUUGGUUAAGUUGGGAAAAAGAUGGAAACCGAAGUGUAUGGGGGCAUGGGAUUCAAAGAUCUUGGGGUGUUCAAUGA